ACACAAUGGCCACAGUCAAGAUACAAAGGAGGAAGUCAGACAACAGAAGUUUGGUUUACCUUCCAGAGGCGAACAGUGUUUUCUUACCAGAGGAAGGAGACAUGGUGGAAGUCUGCCAGCCUGCAAAGAUGAAAUGCCUUGAAGGCCCCUACUUAAACCAAGACCCAAGCAAGUCCUAUAGUUCCUCAGCUCCUGAGGAGGAGCUGGUGUCUGCCUCCCAUUUGGAUGAGGAGGAAGAGCAAGAGGAGGAGGAAGAGGAGAAUCUGGAUCCAGAUCUAGCCCCAGAGCUGGAGGAGGAGGAGGAGGAAGAGGCGGAGGAGGAGGAGGAGCAUGACCUCCGGGAUCCAGCUGUCCUCAGUGCUAUCCACAACACCCAGAGAGGCCUUCUCAGCUCCUCUGGAAUCAAGGCCUCUGGUGUGCUGGGGAUGUCCCCUGCUUCCUUGCACUUUCUGUGGCAGACGCUGGACUACCUCUCUCCAGUUCCUUUCCGGACUACCUUUCCCAGUGCCAGCUCUCCAGCACGGCACUUUGGACCUCAACUUCUCUCACCAGACCCAGCUUUCUUCUGCAGCCUGCCAACCUCCUGGCUCCCUAGUUUCAGUCUGCCUAGCCACCUGACCCAGCUCCACCCUCAGCACCAACGGAUCCUGCAGCUGCAGCAACACAGUCGAACACCAAGUGCCCCAGCCAAGAAGCCUUGGUCUCAGCAGCCAGACCCCUAUGUUAACCUCAUGACCCGAAAGGAGAAGGACUGGGUGAUUAAAGUACAGAUGGUUCAGCUGCAGAGUGAGAACCCCCACCUGGAUGACUACUACUAUCAGGAAUAUUAUCAGAAACUAGAGAAAAAGCAGACAGAUGAAGAGCUACUUGGGCGAAGGAGCAAGUUUGAAUCACUCAAGUUGGUAACACCCUACAUUCAGAAGGCAGAGGCUUAUGAGUCAGUGGUUAGAAUUGAGGGUUCCCUGGGCCAAGUAGCUGUAUCAACGUGUUUUAGCCCUCGCCGAGCUAUUGAUGCUGUACCCCAUGGAUCUCAAGAUCAGGAGACAGGAGCUGCAAGCAGUCAGAGGCUUCAAGUGUUGGCCCGGAUUGAAAAGAUGUUUCUUCAGUUGCUGGAGAUAGAGGGCCAGAAGGACGGGCUGCCACAGCCCUGCUCCUCUGAACAAAGGAACAACCAGAUUGAGAAGCUCUUCCAAGCCUUAAAGACCCCAGAGCAGAAUACUCUGGAGGAGGCAGCAGAUGGCUUCCUGCAGGUGCUCUCCGUGAGGAAGGGGAAAGCUCUAGUGGCAAGGCUGCUCCCUCUCCUGCCCCAGGAUCGAGCUGUUAGCCUUCUUCUGGCAAUCACCCACCAUUUGCCCCUCCUAGUCAGGAGGGAUGUAGCUGAUCAGGCUCUACAAAUGUUAUUCAAACCCCUGGGCAAAUGUAUCAGCCACUUGACCUUCCAUGAACUCCUCCAAGGACUUCAGGGUCUAAUGCUGUUUCCACCUGGCUCCUCAGAGAGGCCGGUCACUCUGGUACUUCAGAACCAGUUUGGAAUAUCUUUGCUCUAUGCCCUACUAAGUCAUGGGGAACAGCUGGUAUCCCUAGAGUCUUCCCUUGAGGAGCCCAGCAGUGAUCAUACAGCUUGGACUGACAUGGUGGUUCUGAUUGCCUGGGAGAUAGCCCAGAUACCAACAGCAUCUCUGGCAGAACCCCUAGCCUUCCCCAGCAACCUUCUUCCUCUAUUCUGUCACCAUGUGGACAAACCCUUGGUACAGCACCUAGAAGCUAGGAUGGAGUAAGUGAUGGUAGAAAUGAGGUUAUAGCCCCUUGUUCAAGCCCUGUAUAGGUUCUGUCAUUUCUUUUAAGCCAAGAAUAUAGAGGAUAACUUGUAUUUAGAAGUAGUUCUAUACACGUUAGCAUUUACCCAGUAAUCCAUCUGUCUGGGUUAGGGUCCUGAAGCCUAUUUCUUCAGCCAAACCUUUUAAUUUAUUCCCAGUUCCUUUGCUCAUUGAUCACGCUAAGCUACCUAAGGGCAAGGAUUAAUAUGAGAAGCUGAAUUGUUAAUUGAAGAAAUAUUUGAGGGACAAAUCUAAAAGUAUGAGUGACAUGAAGGUCACUUCUGUUCUCAGAAUUUACCAACUGCUGG